UUUCGACUCACGUACCCCGACCUUCGCUGGCGGACCAUAACCAAGUGGCCUAUGUGCAAAGCUCAGGUUCGAGAACAUUGUUUUCCGUGGAAACUUGCUGGUGCUGGCAUAGUUGAUCACCCUUCUAUUCCUUCAGUGGAGGAAGCAAUACCAAGAAAGUCUGAACGGGCAUUUCAAGGUCCAAGUAACAGCAUUUGAGGAGAACGCGGUCCAGCUGGACUCCCUCCAAACAUGUAUCUUAUAAAGGUACCAUGCUCGUCGGCCAACAUUGGUCCAGGCUUUGAUGUCAUCGGUCUCGCGUUGUCGAUGUACCUUGAACUCCGCGUCAGCGUCGACACCUCUUCACCACCCGAUUCAUCCAUCCCACUCAACUGCACAGUAACCUACACUGGUGUGGGCGCCUCAGACAUCGACCUCAACCCGGCCAAUAAUCUCCUCACCAGGACCGCCUUAUACGUCCUGCGCUGCCACAACCAGCAUGACUUCCCCGCCCAGACACACGUGCACAUUCACAACCCUAUCCCGCUCGGUCGCGGACUGGGCUCCUCCGGCGCCGCCGUCGUCGCGGGAGUCCUACUCGGUAACGUGGUGGGCAAGCUCAAUCUACCUAAGCCCCGGCUGCUCGAUUUUUGCCUCAUGGUCGAACGGCAUCCAGAUAACGUUGCGGCCGCGCUCUACGGCGGGUUCGUCGGCACCUAUCUCAACGAGCUCGAUCCGGACGAUAUGGCGCGCAAGGAAGUCCCUCUGUCAGAAGUCCUCCCCCAGCCCGCCGGUGGCGUUGACACGGGUCUCACGCCGCCCAUUCCUCCUGACAAUAUCGGGCACUACCGAAGGUUCAACUGGGCCAAGGAAAUCAAGGCCCUGGCUAUUAUCCCAGACUUCGAGGUCAGCACUGCAAAGGCGAGAGAAGUGCUGCCCAAGUCAUACACGCGCCAAGAUAUGAUCUUCAACCUCCAACGAUUAGCGCUCCUGACGACAGUACUAUCCGAUUCACCACCCGAUCCCGACCUCAUUUACAGUGCCAUGCAAGACAAAAUCCACCAGCCGUACCGGAAGACUUUGAUUCCUGCUCUACCUGCUAUCUUAUCUUCCAUGUCCCCUAAAACGCACAAAGGUCUCCUAGGGAUAUGUCUCUCUGGGGCCGGUCCAACAAUAUUAGCUCUGGCAACAGAAAACUUCGACGCCAUUGCGGGAGCUAUCGUCCAGAGGUUCAAGGAUGAGGGUAUCAGUUGUGAGUGGAAGGUUCUGGAGCCGGCAGAUGACGGGGCCACUAUACAGGACAUCCCAGGAGACGUUCCAAGGUACCGAGAGGGACUAUGAACUCAUGCAAAUCAUUUUCCGCGAUAGCAACAAGAAAAGUCUACCAAGGAUGUCUUACGCAUGGACUAUGAAUAAAGAUCGGAAUUCAUUUGGAACACUGACAGCCAGCAUUUGCAGUCUAGACAAUAUUGGAAUGGUGCUACUCAUUGAAGGUCUGAUGUUGCUCUCGAUACAUGCUCCAAUGGCUCCGGACCCCAUUUGGUGUAUCAGAAGCGCCUGACUUCCGUGCCAGUUCCACAAAUACUUUUGUCGCCUUUCAUCAAGUGCAUUGGCCACCAC